AUGUCAAAUUGUCAUCCCGAGUCCUUCGUCGAAGAAGUCCAUUUCAUCAUAAUGGACCGUUCAUUCGUUCGCGCAUUCGCUCGACCUCCUAGACGAAAAUGGGAAGGAUGCGUUUCAGCCUAUGGACAACUCAAGACUUUGUUCCAGGAUUGGGUGGAAGAUUGUCAUCCAGGUGAUGAUAUCCAUCAGUUCCAAUUUAGGAUUGGAUCAGAUGGUCAAGUGUUAUCCGGUGAAGAGAGACCAAUUGAUCUCGGUCUUCAUUCUCCGACCAAAAUAACCGCUACUCGUCUCAUGAGAUGA